CUUCCUCUCUCUCUCCCUCUCUCUCUCUCUCUCAAAAACAAACAACAAACAAUGCAAUUUGACUUCAAACAUAUAAACGUUGUCCCCAUCGGCAACGAGUUCUUCGACCACCUCAACCAUUCCCGCGUUUCAGACAAGAGUCUCAAACUCAACCGUCUCCGCAAAGUCUACACCCGCCACGUCACCAACACACACCUCACCUUCCGCAACAAACUCUCCACCAUCCUCCGCGACUUCCCUCUCCCCAACGACAUCCACCCUCUCUACAUGGACCUUCUCCGCUUCGUUUUCGAUAAAGAUCGUUACAGCUUCUCCCUAGGUCAAGUCAACACCGCCAAAGACUUGAUCGCAAGCAUCGCUAACGACUACGCCAACCUUCUCGCGUUCGGUGGAUCGCUUAAAGAGUGUAAAGCCUUGAAAGCGAGCGCUGUCGCUGGGAUGUUUAGCGUUGUCAACGAGAUCACUCCUGGUUUGGCUUACCUCGAGCAGUUGAGGCAGCACAUGGGGAAGCUUCCUUUGGUUGACCCGGACGCUCCGACGAUCUUGGUUUCGGGGUACCCUCAUGCGGACAAGACUCGUUUUGUGGACGGGAUCGUUGAUUUUAGUGCAAAGUCUGUGGCUUUCGUUGUGGGUUUUAGUGGUUAUGAAGGUUCGAUGAGGUGUCAGGUGAUUGAUGGGGUUUUGGAUAAGCCUGUGUUUGGAGAUUGCGAUGUUGUUGUCGACGCUUUGGCUCUUCAUCUUGGGGAUGCGAUUGUGUUGUUCUUUUUGGAUGUUUCUGGUACUUGUGGUUACAGCGUUGCGGAUCAGGUUGUGUUUUUUCAUAGCGUGAAGGCUGUGUUUGUGGACAGACCUUUGUUGAUUGUUUGUGACGAGAGUGAUUUGAUGCAAAUGUCUGAAGAAGAUUGGAGACUGAUUGAAGAGAUGGAUGGUGGAAUGGGAGAAGAAGAAGAAGUGGGGUUUAAGAUUAGUAAUUUGAGGAGUGAGGAAGGUGUUAUCUCUGUGAAGAAUGUUGCUUGCGAGAGGCUGUUAUAUCAAAGUGGGAGACUCAGUUGCAUUUCUCUGGAAGAAGCUAGGGUAAUGAGGAACAAAUACAUCGUGGCUCAUCAAGAGCUUGAUGAUGAUGAGCAUGAAGUUUCAGACUUGUUUCUUGAUCCAGACGUUUUGUCUAGGCUUGUGGAGCUGGAACACGAAGAAGGAGUAAAGCAGUCUGAGGAAGAACAAGAAGAAGAUGAUGAUGAUGAUGAUGAUUUUGUGAUUGCUGAGGAGCGUUUUACCGAAGAGCAUAAGGAUCAACUUGUUGCCAUUCGCAAGAUACAACCCUUGAGGAUAUUAAUAGCCUUUGGUUUUUGUAUCCUUGUGGGGAAUACUUAUGGAGCCCUUCAACAAUGUCUCUCAACUCUAAGUUUUUGAGUUAAAACUAGUGUUGGUUUAACCCGCUCU